AUGGCUCAAAUUGAGGCUGAACCUGAGUUGGACGUAGGGAACGACACGGAGAGCAACUUUAGUGCUGAUAGGGCCCCCAAUGACGAGGAGCAACUCGAAGCACUCGAUCUCAUCCAUCAUUGGUUGAAAUUGAUGCUCGACGAUAAACUCUUCCUUGCUCCCAUCGGCGACCACCCUCAGAAAAUCUUGGACAUCGGUACAGGAACUGGCAUCUGGGCUAUAAACGUAGCAGACGAAUACCCGUCAGCCAGCGUUAUUGCUACAGAUAUAACUCCGACCCAACCAAGCUUCGUACCUCCAAACGUUGAGUUUCAGAUCGACGAUGCUCAACUCGAAUGGACCUUUGAACCCGAGUCUUUUGAUUUCAUCCACAUUCGAUAUCUUCAGGGUACCAUUGCAAAUUGGGAUAGGUUGUAUGAUCAGAUGUACAAGGCUCUCAAGCCAGGUGGUUGGUUCCAGCACAUCGAACCUGAUCUGCAAAUGCUGUCUCAAAACCCAGAGAUCAAAGUCGACGACGAGCACAUCUUCACGCGCUGGGCAAAGAUCUUCACCCAAGUCGGCGAAACAAUCGGCUGCACAUUCGACUUUUCCAACGGCAAGCUCUCAACCCUCGCCAAAGACGCCGGCUUCGUAUCCGUAACACCGCAAACGCACAAAAUCCCCGUUGGGCGCUGGCCAAAGGACAAGAAGAAGAAAGAGCUCGGAACUUUCGUGGGACUCUCGUUUAGCCAGGCCCUCGAUGGUUUCGUCAAGUUGCCGCUCUGUGAGAUUCUUAAGUGGUCGCCGGAGGAGAUGCAGCUGUUUGCGGCGGAGAUGAGAAAGGUUCUUAUGAAUCCUAAGACGCAGGCUUUUGGUCAUGUGUUUAGUGUUUAUGGGCAGAAGCCGGAGAGGCCGAAGGAGAGUAGCCCGGCGGCGGAAUAG